AUGCUUCUCAGCGUCAAAUCUUUUGUCGACGAUUUCUGGGCUGCGCUACUCGUUGCGGUGACGGCUGUUUUGCUGACGGUGUACGGUCUACAACGUACGAAGGCGAACAAUUCACAGUGCCCGUUGCCUCCUGGUCCGAGGCCGCUGCCGUUCAUAGGGAGUCUCUUGGAGCUGGACAGGCUCAAGCCGUAUAAAACCUACACUGCCUGGGGGAAGAAGUAUGGAGAGAUCAUGUCGUGCCGCAUUCUAGGGAAGCUCUAUGUUGUCGUCAGCUCAGAGCGCAUUGCACGCGCCUUGGUGGACAAGAAGUCAAACAUCUACGCGGAUAGACCAUUCAUCGCAACGAACAAAAUGUUUGGGAUGGACUUCAACACCGCUCAUUUGCGAUACGGAGAUAGAUGGAGAGCGCACCGACGCGUCUUCCACCAGACUUUCCGCUCCGAGGUGAUCAGCAAGUAUCAUCCAAUACAGACAACGAAAGCACACGCGCUGCUGUACAACAUCUUGGAGUCUCCGCAAGAUUUCUUUGCUCAUUCUCAUCUAUUUGUCACAUCCGUGAUAAUGGCGAUCAUGUAUGGCUACAACGUCACAACAUCUAAGGACCCCGCAGUCAAGCGUGUCGAGCGCUUGCUUGACCUUGUCAUCUCGGUACUCACACCAGAAAGGGCUGCGAUUCUCGGAGCCUUUCCGUUGUUGAAACGUAUUCCGCCUUGGUUCCCGGGAGCGAAGAUCCAACGCACUGCAGCAGAAGCACGAGUGGUUUCCAAGGAUGUACAGAAUAUCCCACUAAGAUGGACAAAGGAGCAGAUGGCAACGGGUAAAGCACCGCCUAGCAUGGUGUCUGACUUCCUAGAACAAAUCUCGGGAGAUCGUGACCGCGACUAUCAAGAGGCAAUCCUGCGGGAAUGUGCCACUUCCGCGUACAUCGCUGGGACUGAUAGCACCGAGUCAACUUUCUUAAAUUUUGUUAUGGCGAUGAUUCUGUAUCCCGAUGUCCAGAUGCGUGCCCAGGCAGAUAUCGACGCUUGGUUGGGCUCAACCAGACUGCCGACUCUCGAGGACAGAGACCAUCUUCCAUACAUCGAAGCGAUCUUCCGGGAAGCGAAGCGGUGGUCUGUCGUCGUACCGUUAGCUGUCCCUCACGUGGCCACCGGGGACCAGGUAUUCGAAGGCUACUUCAUUCCCAAAGGCGCAGGCGUGAUCACAAACAUGUAUGCCAUGUCCAAAGACGCAUCGGUAUACCCAGACCCCGAAACCUUCAAGCCCGAACGCUUUCUCACGCCUUCUGGCGCGCUGUCUCCCGAUUUCGCUGACAUCGCAUUCGGCUUUGGUCGGCGCGUCUGCCCGGGUCGAUACCUCUCGGACGCGUCCGUGUGGAUCGCGAUAGCCUGUGUUCUGUCCUGCUUCAGAAUCGGAAAGGCCGUCGAUGCGCAGGGGAGGGAUAUCGAGGUUGUACCAAGGUACAAGCCGGGUUUGGCUAUGUAAGUUGUCUUACUUCGUCACGUUUUACGUACCGUCGGGUGGCUAACGGGCACACUAUAUGCGCUGACCAGACAUCCGGAGAAAUUUGACUGCUCGUUUACGUGUCGGUCUGAGGAAUGGAGAAAGGUGAUUGAGGUUGCGAACACGGUUUGAUGCUCUGGAGGACAAAGAAG